AUGGUAUCAGACUUAAAUCCUGUGGUUCCAUCCACUUCCGUAACCCAAUCGAAUAACCUUGCACCGCAAAUCAUAGUCCAACAGGACAAUUCUGCUUUUCCCACUGGGAUAGUUCUUGACGAAACGAAUUAUCCUUUAUGGUCACAGCUAAUGGAGAUGCGUAUUGGAGCAAGAAACAAAGUUGGAUAUCUUACCAGCGAAUUGACCAAACCAUCAUCAACUAAUCCAACAUAUGGCACAUGGAUCAUCGAAAAUCACAAAGUUCGAAGUUGGCUUAUUGAUUCAAUGAGCCCGCAUCUGAUGCAAAGAUUUAUUCGCCUAGCAACCGCUCAAGAGAUAUGGGAAGGUGCUUCAAAAACAUUCUAUGAUGGAUCGGAUGAGACUCGCUUGUUUGAACUGAAUCAACAAUCUUUCACCGCCAAGCAGAAUAGUCGACCUUUGUCUACCUAUUAUAACGAACUCAUUGCAAUUUUUCAGGAAAUUGACCAUCGGACAGCUUCACAAGAGAGAUCAGUGGAAGGGAUUGUACAGUUACAUUCCGUAGUGGCUAGGCUUCGAGUUCACAUAUUUCUAAGUGGACUUGAUUUAGAAUUUGAUCAAGUUUGUGGUGAGAUUUUGCGAAAAGAUCCAAAAUUGGAUUUGGAAAGCUGUUAUGCGUAUGUAAGGAGAGAAGCACAACAAAGACAAAUCAUGGAAAGUUCUAGACCACCCUGA